UCGUAAUUAAUUAGUUUUGUGACAAUUUGUAUGUUGAAUAAUUGACCAAUUAAAUCCUAUUUGUUGUGCAAGAAUACUAAGAGAUGUCGCAGAUUCCACGCUCUCAAUUUGGAUUAAAAAAGCGCCAGGGUCCUGUGCCACUUGUCUCAAUGAACACUGCUGAACAUCACAAUGGCUCAAAAGCUGAAAAGCAACAAACCAAUGGCUCUUCAAAAGGAAAUGGACACAAAAUUGCGAGCUAUGAAAAUGAUGUCGUAAUAAUUGAAGAUGAUUGUUUUGCAGUUGUUGGGCAUGAAGAAGUUAUUGCUUCGACACUCAUGGAAGAAAUUGUUGAAGAUGUGUCACCAAAGAAGAAAAAACGAGGCCGUAAAUCCAAAGAUUCAACUGAAUCUAAGGAUUCUGAAAUAUUGAAAAAAUCUUUCGAAGAGGCUUUCGUGUCCAAAUCACCAUCUGAAAAAGGAAAUAGAUCUAAACAAUCAUUAAACGAUUAUGUUGCGUCGAGUGAAACAAAGGUUGAAAACAGUUCAAUCGAUGAAACUUCAUCAAAAAUAGAAAAAGAAACAAAGAUUGUUAAGCUCACAACAACUGAAGAUAUUCAAAGUUUGUCAUCAAAACGUCGAUCUGAUCGUUUGCAAAAUGCAAGCACAAUUGUAAACUUAUCGACAGUUUCAUCAAGUGAUCAAAGCACUAAAGUGUCUGAUGAAACACUGGAAUCGACACCAAUAUUGAGUGAACGUCGUGUAAUUGGUCGUCGAAGCACUCGUCCAAUAGACGAUAUUAAAUUUACUUAUCGCACACCGAAUCCUGAUUACUCUUUUAACGCGACAACAAAUGCAACAGUUGGAAGUGAUAUGAAUAAUGACAGCAUGAUUACAACACCUGGAACUGACCGUAAACGUCGACCAAUCACAGAUUCAAUGGAGAACCUUGAAAGUCCCAAAAGAAGUCGCUUAGAAUUCAGUGGAUUAUUCAAUAGUUUCUCUUCGCCAAUUACCUUAUUACGAAAUCGAUUCAAACGCACAAACAUCGCAAGUACUCCUGUCGUUGAUGGCGAAGCUGCCUUAUUAGAUGACUCUGUUGAUUCAUUAAAUGCAUCUGGCGACAUGAAAGAAAUCGAUUUGAAUGAAAAACAUAAGGAAAUUGCUGAUGACCAAGAAAAAGAAGAAGACGAAGAGGAAUUAAAAAUUAUCACAACUCCAAUUAAAAAGCGAGCUUGCGUUAUCAUGUAAACUGAAAACAAAAAGUCGACUAAAUAAUCGCUAGAGAAGAAAAAAGAUAUAAUUUCAUGAUAUUCUUUAAGUUUUCAAAGCCACAACAAAAUAUUUUAAUCUCAUAUACAAAUGAUGAUAGCAGUUAAAAGUUUGUUUCAUGUCAAUUCUCAAAGGUUUUUUUGUUUAUCUAUAAAAAAAAGACAUUAUUAAAUGUAGUGUAAAAGAAAAUGAUUUUCAUUCAAUAAAUAUCUAAACUACCUACAUA